GGAAACAUGACUUAUUACGUUUCUCCAUGGACAUUGGGAUUAUUUUCCAAUUUCUUUUACGGUCUAGAAAUGGGAACAAGUGCUAAUACUUCCACAUGGGUGAUGAGAGUUUGAACUUGAACCCUGUGCUUCUGCUGACCCUAGAUACUCUCUAGGAAUCCUGUGGAAGUAGGCAAGAAAGAAGAGAAUUCCCAGUGGAUAUGUCAGCCUCCAAUAUGACCUCAACUCAUCCAGCUGCCUUCUUGUUGAUGGGGAUCCCAGGCCUGGAGCACCUGCACAUCUGGAUCUCCAUUCCCUUCUGCUCAGCCUAUACACUGGCCCUGCUAGGCAACUGCACCCUGCUCUUCAUCAUCCGCUCUGAUGCAGUCCUCCAUGAGCCCAUGUACCUCUUCCUGGCCAUGUCGGCAGCCAUUGACCUGGUCCUGUCCUCUACAACACUGCCCAAAAUGCUUGCCAUAUUCUGGUUCAGGGAUAGGAAGAUCAACUUCUAUGCCUGCCUGGUGCAGAUGUUCUUUAAUCACUCCUUCUCCAUCAUGGAGUCAGCAGUGCUGCUGGCCAUGGCCUUUGAUUGCUAUAUGGCCAUCUGCAAGCCCCUGCACUACACCAUGGUGCUGACUGGGCACCUAAUUACCAGGAUUGGCAUUGCUGCUGUACUCCGAGCUGUGACACUAAUGACUCCACUCCCUUUCCUACUCAAACUCUUCCACUAUUGCCGAGGCCCAGUGAUUGCCCACUGCUACUGUGAACACAUGGCUGUGGUAAGGCUGGCCUGUGGAGACACACGCUUCAACAAUAUCUAUGGCAUUGCUGUGGCCAUGUUUAUUGUGGUAUUGGAUCUGCUGUUUGUUAUCCUAUCUUACAUCUUUAUCCUUCGGGCAGUUCUACAGCUUGCUUCUCAGGAGGCUUGCUAUAAGGCAUUUGGGGCAUGUGUCUCUCACAUAGGUGCCAUUCUAGCCUUCUACACACCUGUGGUCAUCUCCUCAGUCAUGCAUCGUGUGGCCCGCCGGGCUCCUCCCCAUGUCCACAUUCUUCUUGCUAACUUGUAUCUGUUUUUCCCACCCAUGGUCAACCCUAUCAUCUAUGGUGUCAAGACGAAGCAGAUUCGUGAGCGAGUCAUAGGACUAUUCCUGAGAAAGGAUGUGUAAAUGGAGGGCAUGGGAUGUGUGGAGCCGUAUAGGACAGUUUGAAUGUUGCAUAAUAGCAAGUGGAGGGUUGCCAGAAUCUCCAUGUUUAGUUAUUUCCCAGUAUAAUGAAAAAAAUAAAUGGUGUCCUGAAACUCACAAUUUUCUAAUCAGGACUCACAGGUCUGUGUCCCCUCAUAGCCUCUGGACUCGAGUUGGUGAUUUUGCUGUCUCUUUACAGAACCCUCCCUUUUGUCAGAUUCUUGACCCAAUAUCUUCUGGCGAGCUCACCUAGAGACACAAAAAUAUUCCCAAGUUCAUUUAUUUAAGAGACUGUGAGUUUCUAUCCCAAGUAACUG